GAGGGAGCACACACUGGGCCGGGUGGCCCUGGGCAGUCACUCAGCUCCUGGUCUGGUUGCCCCGCUACGGCGCGGCUCUGUUGCGGUGACCCCGCCGGGCGCGCCGCACGCUUUGUGUCCACGUUAUGGGAGCGUACCGGGCUGCGGCAGCCGUGGGGGCAGGCCGACGUGGGGGUUGGGCCUAAGGGCGGCUAGGGGGAGGUUUUGUGUGCGCUUUGAGGGGACGAGCAGGUGGUGGCAGCAGGGAGAGAAGAUCUGGUCGAGAGUCUGUAGCCGUCGGCUCCCGAGUUCCCCCUCCCCCCCCCGCUCCUAUCCGGCCGCACCGCAGAAUCUGCGGGCCGUGAACACCAUGUCCAGCGAGAUCGACAACCUGAACAGCCGCGAAGCAAAGACGGUAUGCGAGGCGUUGGGGCGCUAUGAAGACACGCUGCGAGGCGCUGUCCGGGAGAUCCACGUGGACAUUCAGGUGUUCAAGCAAGGCGUGAGCCGGCAGGUGGAUGAGGUGCUGCGCCUCGCUAGCCCACUGGCACGCACCGUCUCGGAGCUGCAGCAGGAGAACCAGCGCCUGCGGGUGCAGCUGGAGCGUCUGGCUCGGCAGGUGGAGGCCCUUGGCCGGUCGGCGGGGCUGCCGCAGGAGCUGCGGGACGAGGCAGAGAGGAGCCCUCCGGCUGUGGAACCCAGCUCUCCAGCCCCAGCUUUUUCUGGAGACAGGUUCUCUACCCUUGCAAAGCUAGCAGUGUCUGGUCGGAGCCAAAGUGUAGACCUGGAUGAUCACCACAAACCUGAGGUCAGAAGAGUUUUUAGUUCUUCCAUCAUUGAAAAUGGGCAUCAGUCUUCAUCAGGUCAGGCAAAAGUCUCCCAUGAACUGACUUCUUUUUACACGUCAGACUCUUCCCCUGAGGCCCAUGCUCCUGCAAUGACCUUACAGAUGCCCCACCUUCCCGUUACUGCAGUAACCAAAAUAUCAGAGAAAUUUUCAGGAGAAGCCAUCCAUUCUGCAGGAACAACUAAUGCAUCCACUGGCCUGCUCGGACAAAACCAGAGCAAAAAUGAGAUGGCACUGAAAACUUCCAAUCAAUCAGUGAGAACAAUGACUUCAUCUGCCAGUGGAGUGAAUGCCACAUCUGUCUCUUCUGCAAGCUGUGAGGCAAUUAGUGGAAACAAAACUGGCGAAAGUGCAACUGACAGUUAUUGUGGUGUGACACCCAAGCCUCACUCCUCUCCUCCUACUGUACAUCGUCAAGUUGAAAGAAGGCGAGAACUUGUGCGGUCUCAGACACUUCCACGAACUACAGGACCACAGGCCAGGAAAGCACUUUUUGAGAAAUUCGAGCAAGACAGUGGAAAAGGAAGAGGGCAAUCCAGAGCUAAACUGAAGAGAUCGCAGAGUUUUGGUGUUGCCAGCGCUAGCAGCAUUAAACAAAUUUUGCUAGACUGGUGUCGCUCAAAAACCAUAGGAUACAAGCACAUUGAUCUUCAGAACUUCUCCUCAAGCUGGAAUGAUGGGAUGGCAUUCUGUGCUCUUGUACAUUCUUUCUUUCCUGAGUCUUUUGAUUAUAAUAAGCUUGAUCCAACUAACCGCAAGCAGAACUUUGAGCUGGCUUUCACCAUGGCUGAGAAAAUGGCUCACUGUGAUCGUCUGAUAGAAGUGGAUGACAUGAUGAUGAUGGGCCACAAGCCAGAUCCCAUGUGUGUCUUCACCUAUGUCCAAUCUCUGUACAAUCAUCUACGACAUUUCGAAUAAAACCAUUGCCACCUGUCCAGCCAGAAGGAUCAAGUACAUUAUCCUAAUGGGAAGGAAGACUGACAUUUUGCAAAUAGAACACUGUUAGUUUUGGCAAGCAUGUGGACAGUAAAAAGCAUUCAAUUGCAUUUGCUGACUGAAGUGUUGCUGAGCAGUGUUUAUGUAUUUUUGGUGCUAAUAGUUGGUUGAAUUUUUAAUAUUCUUUUAAAGAUUACAGGAAACUAAAUCUCAGCUCUCAUCUCUGUUAGAAUCACAGAAUGUCUUGGAUUGGAAUGGACAUUAAAGCUCAUCCAGUUCUAUUCCACUGCUGUGGGUAGGACUGCCACCCACUAGAUCAUGCUGCUCAAAGCUCCAUCCAGCCUGGCCUUGGAUGCUUCCAGGAAUGGGGCAUCAACAACUUAUCUGGGCAACCAGUACCAGUACCUCGCUGUCUUCAUGGUAGACAAUGUCUGCCUAGUAUCUAAUCUAAAACUCUACCAUUAUUUAGUAGGGUCACUCCAUGUCCUGUUGCUACAUUACUGGGCUAAAGACAGUCUUAUACACUGACGAGUAAUUCUAUGAUGUUCCCUCUUAAAAAUACAGGUAAAACUCUAGGAGGCAGCAAGAGUUUUUCCACUUCUUUGCUCAGCAUACCAGAGAAGUCAUAGCAGACAGACGAGAAAAAUCCUGUUUAACAAAUUUAGCAAUAUUGCCCCUCCACCAUCCCCAUCCCACUUCAGCAAACAUGCGUACACGCGCACGUGUUCAUGUUAAAUAGGCACUGUUCUAAACUCUGGAGAGCAGUGGUCCAGCAGGGACAGGAACGAAGCCUUUACAACUUGUUCAGUCCUUAUAUUGUCACUAAUGUGGCCAGGAAGUGUUCCAAAAAAAGAAGUGUGAAAGAUGUGGGAAUUCUAAAAUGUCUUGGGCUAGUAUCUGGUUUCAAUUAAAUUUAUGUUAAAUCAACAAUGUCUCCAUUAACUAGGGUUGGUUACACCAGAAUUGCUUGACAAAAAGUUCACGGUUUAUCUUUUUUGAUUUUCUGUUCACUAAAAUAACAUAGCUUUGUUUUCACAUUGAACAUUGUAAAUGAAAACACCAAGCAUGCAUAUCUUUUUUUUUUUUUUUCCCCUAAGGCCUUUCAACUUAUUUCUUUCCUAAGAAUCGUCUAUAUAAAGUAAAAACUACCAGCCACAAGCCCUCUACUCAUGUUAGAGAAUGGGUUUUUAACCUGCGUUUAUUUGUGCUCUUUGUAGAUAGUGAUAAAGGUGACUUUGGCUCUGUGCUGAUGACCCUUUAUAAUAAGACAUAUCAAAUGUUCUUUAGAAUUACUGCUUCUCUAUAGAAGGAUUUUAUUUUACCCUUCCUUUCUAGUGAAGUUUACUUAGGAAACCGUGAAUGAAGCAACCACUUUAUCAGAAAAAGUUUGAAAAGAAAAAAGCAUGCAAAGGUAGAGCAUAAGCUAAGUGCUGAAGAGCUGGGUCGCCAGUAUCUAUCUGUUCAAAGUGUGCCUAGCCUGUUUCUACAACAUGUUUGAAACAGCUUGAAAGCGUGUUUUAAAUGCGCAUCUUAAUAUGUAUCUGAAAGACAUAUGAUCAAACUAGCAGUAAUCCCAGGUACUGCUCAUACGGGUUUAGUGCAAGUGAAGAGAGGUCAGGCAGGAUAUUUGUGUCUGCAAUUGUCUUUGGUUUUUAACUUUUUUUGAACAGUUAUGAUGAGUGUGUAUCUGUUGUUCCAACAAGCGCUCUAUAAAAAUGAACAAAUUGUAGUUGUGUUUUGGAGAAGUGAUCAGAUUAGGUACAAUGAGAAAUUAGUCUGCAGGAGGUAUGUGAUGUGCCUAUUUCCAUUUUCAUAGCAGAAUACUUUUUGUUAACUAGCAGAGCCAAGUUCCACUGCAGCUAUAUUACUGGCAGUAGCAGCUUUAUACAUUUAACUUGUUCACAGUCCCAGGUUCUGUGUGACUUGAGUGCCAAAGACAUGGUUAAGUGUCCGGCCAAUUUUGGUCUCGUAGGAAAUAAUUACAAAAAAAGGAAGUUCUAGGCAGAAGUUUUGCCAAUGCACUAAGGGGAAUUAGCAUUUUUGCUACAGUUUAGCUUGUUCACAUCUACCCAAAAACUUCUUGCACAGUUUCCAAAAUUCCUCUCAAUUUAAAGAGACGAUCGUAAAGAUAUCUUGUGAGCUGGGGAGUGGAAGACUGUAAGCUGGUUCUAACUCCUGAUGGUUUGUAUAUAAGGACAUGAUAGAAAAGAUAUUAUUGUCUAGUUAUAGAAAAGUACAGUGCAAUAAAAUGCAUUAAGAGAAUGCCCGAUGCCUGGAUGAGAUUGUAUGAUUAAAUGUAAUAAUGUAUGUAAAGUAUGCCCCCGGUGGUUUUUUAUGGUUUUUAGUUAAAAGUAAUACAGUGUGUAUGAAUAUGAUGGUAAAUGUAUUUAACAUGAAUGACAAAAGACCAAUAUAUUAAGUCAUCACAUUGUAUUUUACACAGAUGGAGUGUGUCUUGGAUUUUUUUUUUAUACAGUUUCUGCACUGUAUCUAAAAUUUAGUGCUAUCUCAGAUAGUUUAUUGGCAUCUUUAUCCUACUUUUAAAGGCUAGAUCAAUUUGUUCUGCAUCAGAUUUUCAAAAUAAUCCUAGCAGAGCCAUUACCUACUGUUUAGGUGAUUAUAUUUUUCCUUGUUGUUCAAAACUUUCAAAACCCAAACAAUUUCAGCCUUUAAACACAUUUUGUUCUCUUUAGUCAUUGCUUUUGUUUACAAGCCAUUUCUGAGCAGUUUUGCUUAGAACAUAGCUCUGAAAUAAACUAUGUGCUGGAGGUUUACCCUA